AUGUCCGACGACUUCUGCCCUACCGAUCCGGCGCUCACCGACCCGGCCCUGGUAGCCCUCGACCAGGCAUUGAUAUCACCCCAGAGAGGCAAUGAAUCUCCUCAAGCAAGCCCGGCAACCUCCUCUCGCAGGCGAGCGGGCUCGUCGAGACGCGGAGCCGGCCCGAAGAAACGUGCCCACACAACACUCAGUCAGAAGGUCAUGAUCAUUAACUUCAUCCAGAAUAAUCCCACCUGGGAUCAAGCCACCGUCGCAAAGCACUUCCAGCACCACGGCUUUCCUACCCUCUCCCAGUCGACCAUCUCAAGGUACAUCAAAGACGAGGAUCGCUACCGCAAUCUCGCACUCGACCCGGGCAACCUGCACGUCAAGAAACAGAAACAAGCGCAAUCGCCUCAGAUCUUGAGCUGUAUGGAGUUUUGGUACUACCAGACUCUCGGUCAGAGCUCGGAUCCAUACUUCAAUCUCAACUUGGAAGCCCAGCGGAAAAAAUGGAAAGAGUUCGAAAACUUGUUGGCGGCGCGCAACAAGAAGCGUCCUGCUUCCUCCAGCAACUUCGAUAGCUUCAAGAACCUUCCCAAAAGAUUCCGACACCCAACCGAGGCAAGGCGUACAGCCCCUAUCGACCUAGCAGCUGAAAAGGAGCGUCUACGCCACAUCACCGAUGCCUAUGAACUCGAAGACAUCCUGGCCAUGGAUGAGAUUUGUCUGGCAUACUCGUGCCCACCGUCUGAACCCAGCUCGCUGUAUUCUAUGCCCAAGUUGACGAUCGCUUUGACUUGCUCGGCCGACGGCUCAUGGAAGGACGACCCGGUCAUCAUCGGCCAGACCCCUAUGCAUGUGGCGUAUCCCUCCGAAGUCACCUCAGACCAGAGUCGAUUCAAGUACUACUGGAACACAAAGGCUGUCAUGACAUGCUCAAUCUGGGAGAAAUAUUUGCUUGACUUAGACACGAAAUGUCGCCAACGUGGACGCAAAGCCCUCCUUCUGGUCAACCUGACCCAUGUCCAUCUGAUUCCUGAUCCCCCACUUGAGAACGUCCAAAUCGAAUUUAUCGACACCGCCAGGAUAUUCGGCUGCCAUCCCUCCACCCCUCCCUGCCAUCCGUUUGCAGCUGGAAUAACGACCUACUUCAAGUGCGAAUACCGUGUUCGGUUUUGUCUUCGGGCUCUAUCUUCUGAUGAAUUCGGUCUGCUUGAUCUCUACAACCUCGAUCAGGCUGCCGCUACUAAAAUUAUCCGAGAUGCAUGGGACUGCACAAUUCCGAAAGCACUUGCCCAGAUCUUCAGACGUUCGGGCAUCAUCUCAAGUCGCUCAGCCGACGAUGAUUCCCAACAUUCGGGAUCGAAAGAAGGAAUGAUUGAAGAUGGAACGCCGGUACCGAACACAGCAAUCGAGACAAUUUUUGCGAGUCUAACGAUGUGCUUGACCCAAUUAACGAUCAAAGUGAUGAACCUGUCGGAGCAAACUGAGUUUGAAAAUCGGGAGCCCACUCCGAUACCGAGUGAAAUCGACAUGAACAUCAACCCCGAACUGACGGCUCAGGCUGCCCAGGUAAUCGGUCUAGCGAGGUCAGAUCGCCAAAGGAAGAACAAGAAGCCUGAAGACCAAAUCGUCACCGCGCACGAGUUCAUUAAUAUCGACUGCAGCCUGCCAACAGAGAUCUAUUGGGAUGAGCAAGACAUCGUCGAACAGAUGACCCGUGAGGGUAAUGGAGCUUGUUGGCCGGUGACCGCGCAUUCGACUUCUUCCAACUCAGUUUCCCCGCAAGGUACCUACAACGGCCAAGAGCCGAGGAUCGCUGGCAGCUCGAAAAAUCGCAAACGGAGUAUUAGUGCGGUCUCUGGGAACGAGCAUGGGGACAUGAACGAACAUGGGGACAUCAUGGUGGGCGAGAAUGUGCCGGUGCCGGCCCGACGACGGCGGACCAGGACGGCCGAGAGCGAGCGCACGCCUCCCCUGCCGACGCCCUCCAACAACAUCUUCGAACAGCCCCAUCAGGACCCGUCCCGGGCCGCCGCCAACGGCAGUCUCAACGGCCACUACGGCCACUACAACGAGCUCUCGAACUUCUCCCACCAAAUCUCUAACGUCGAGUCCCUUCGCUCCUUCUGCGCCGAGCUCCUCGAUAAAAGCCUCACCGACGAAGACAUGGCCGGAAGGAUUCGCUCCUCCGUCGUCCAGGAUUGUAUCCCCAUCCUUACCGAGUUGGAGGACGAGUUUAAGGCCCUAGAGGCUGCUGAUCUCUUAAGACUUGUCUCUGGCUGA